AACUUGUCCAAAGAACUUCAUGUAGCUGUUGGUACAUGUUAGUCCAUAGUUUGUUGGAGUCUCAGAGAGUUCACACGGUGUUGGUAAACUGUCUGAAUUUUAUUGACCAGUAGAGGAAUUUAUCGCAGGAUUCCAAAUUUCUACAAACCAUUGAAAUUUUUUGCUGAUAUCCGAACAUUCAGAGCUACAUUGUACCUUUGAAUCGAAAAUGAUGAGAAGGACAUCCAGUUAGCCUAUGGUACUAGCCGUGAGAAUCAAAGGAACAUUCGCGAUAGAACGCAGCAAACUAGGCACAAUGACUAAAGACAGGACAGUGACGACCAAGAUAGGCACACGGGACGCCUGGGACAGUCCACCGGAUUAUGGCGAAUCUGGCGGCAUAACCAUCGAGAAGGGUCCGCCAAAAAGCAAGAAGACAUGGAUGACCGCCAUGUCUGCCGUGACAGCGGUGAAGGCCUUCAAGGACCCGUACCCCGUGGAAAGGGUAGAGAAGACCCCGGUUGACCCGUUAGAAUGCGAAGCCAAGGAUCCCACCUUCUUUCAACAUUUCUGUUCACGGGUGGAAAUCGCUGGCAUAAAGAAAGUCUCUGAUCCCGAAUACGGUAUAUUUCGUCGUCUGCUUUGGCUGAUGUUGAUCUUGGGAUGUUUGGGAUUUGGCAUCUUCCAAUGUACCAUCCAGAUGGCGCAGUUCUUCAACCGGCCAAUCAGGGUCAAGGUCAACGUGUCACGUGCCAAGGCGCUUGAGUUUCCGACCUUGACCUUCUGCAAUUUUAACCUCUAUAAGGAGAGUGCAACUGAAAAAGCAGGGAUAACUGGGUUGCUUUUCGUAAUCGUGAAUCAGAUAGAUGGGGCGGACUUGACGCCUUACGACAUGAAGAACUUCAACUGGACGGAAAAUUAUAUUCAUUUUGGCCACCAGAAGAAAGACUCCAUUGUGAUGUGUUCCUUUCAACAUAAGACUUGCACGGAGGCCAAUUUUAGGCAGCUCACCACCGACAUGGGCUGGUGUUUCCAGUUUAACUACGAGAAUCCGUUGCUGAAAGUUGAGAAUGCUGGCACCGAUUUCGCUCUCCAACUUCAUCUGUAUGUCGAGACGGAAGAAUAUCUGGUGAGCGCCAAUGGCCCUGGCAUGGGCUUCAAGGUGUUGCCUCAUGAUCUGUACGACAUCCCCCUGAUGAGACCCUCGGGGAUAGCGGUCAGUCCAGGAAUGAUGACUUUCAUUGGACUCAAGAAGAGGAAGGUCGAGAAGCUUGCGGCACCCCACGGCACUUGCGGGUCCAAGCCAUUGAAGUACUUCGCCAACUACUCCACAUCAGCCUGCCUCGUUGAGUGCAAUACGGAUUACAUCGCUGAACAUUGUGGAUGCAAACUUGACUACCAGCCCGGUAACUUCUCGUUCUGCAAUCCCAAGGACAUGUACGACUGUGCCUUCGACCGGUCCAAGCUGUUUGUCAGCGACCCAAACCAGACCUGUACGGACGCGUGCCCAGACGAGUGCAAGUCGACCACCUACGAAACCGACUGGUCGGCCAUAGAUAUCAAGCCGGACUACUACGAAGGGGUUAUCUAUAAAGGCAACUUGUCCCACACUUACAACAAGAAUGUCACUCCAGAGAGCAUGGCCAAGAACCUUGCCGUCGUCUAUAUCUUCUACCGCGAUAUGAACGUGGAGGAGACGGUCCAGCAACCUGCUUACUCCUCCUUCGAUAUGUUCUGCGACGUUGGGGGUACCUUCGGCCUCGUUCUCGGCGCCAGUGUACUCACUUUCAUCGACAUCGUGGACUUCCUUGUCUACUAUUUCGUCACUCGGAAAAUGACGCAGAAGGUUGCAGUAAAUUAAAAAGUACAUGUAGUAAAUCAGAUGUCAGAAUGUGACAGACAUUUUGGGGGAACCACCAUGACAAAACAAAUACCGCCUUGAUGUUGCACUGCUGUUAGUGGCCGCCAUCUUGAAUUGGAGAAUCAGUAAACCGAGUUUGACUUCCUUUGCAACAAUGGUUACCAAUGAUUGUGAUUUUCAAAAGCUGAAAAACAAUCAUUUGUGAGAGUGCAUACUAUACAAUUUUUAUGUAGUCGAGUGAAGGGUUGUGUAGUUAUGGAAUUAACCUAACUGAGUUUAUCGCCGUGUCAACAAACAUCGCAAGUCAUUCUCCACCCUCGAAUACUAGAGUCAGUCGUAAUGCCGAGUAUUGCCCUGAAGUUCAGGAUGGGCAUUUUCCUAAGCAGGCAUGAUAUAUGUAAGCAUAUUCUCUACGACAGUAUCAGCUUCCACGUUGUAUUAGUCACUGUGUAUUAUAUACAUUGCAAUCGCGUAGUGUUAUCGAACUAAAAUAUGGCCUUGGCCACAGAUUCGUACUCUGGGGAUAAAAUUACAAAAGCCUAUUUCGUUUAAAACAAAACAG